AUGAAAGAUCUUGGUGAACUAAAAUACUUUCUAGGGAUUGAGUUCUCUAGAUCCCAGGAAGGAAUUGUUAUGUGUCAAAAGAAGUAUGCUUUGGAACUAGUCUCUGAACUAGGGCUAGCAGGUCCAAAGCCAGCAGCAACACCUCUGGAGUUCAAUCACAAGCUUACAUCCAUUGAGUAUGACAAGCAAAUAACAGGAGCUAGUUCGGCAGAUGAUAGAGAACUUGAAGACAAGGGAGGCUAUCAGAGACUAGUUGGAAGGUUGCUGUACUUAACCUUGAAAAGGCCAGAUAUUGCCUUUGUAGUUCUAGUGCUAAGUCAGUAUAUGCAUGCACCUAAGGUGUCCCACAUGGAAGCUGCUCAAAGAGUAGUGAGUAAGGCUGCAAUGCAAAUUGCAGCUCACCCUAUCUUUCAUGAACGAACCAAACAUAUUGAUAUUGAUUGUCAUUUUCUGAGAGAGAAGCUGGUUCAAGGCCUGAUUGAAACACAAUAUGUCAAAACAACUGAGCAGUUAGCAGAUUUGUUAACUAAGAGCCUAUGCAAGCCACAGCAUGAGUACCUACUAGACAAGCUGGGAAUGAAAGAUGUGUUUCAUCCCUCAACUUGA